AUGUCAACAAGCAAAGGUGUCGAAGCAUUGAAAGGAACAUGGGAUCACAUCAAAGAUGAAAAUAUGGAUGAAUUUUUAAAAGAACUUGACAUUGGAAUGGCAAAACGUAUGGCAGUAAAGAGUAUGAAACCUCGUCUUAUUAUCAAUGAAAAUGGAGGAAAAUGGACAAUUCGAUCUGAAAGCACAUUAACAACAAAAACUGUUGAAUUUCAACCCAAUGUUGAAUUUGAUGACACAACAAUGGAUGGACGAGAAGUUAAAGCAAUUGUUCGAAUUAAUGGCAAUAAAAUGGAACAUACGAUGAAAGGAAAAGAGGGAAAAGAAAUUUUCGCUGUUCGUUAUAUCAAUAAUGAAGGUCAACAACAAGUUGAUUUAACAUGUGGUUCGGCUAAAGCUCAUCGUUAUUUCAAAUGUGUUGAUUAA